AUGAGCUUCACAACCUGCGAGCAUUGCUUCACAGGAUGGGUUCCUCGCCAGGACCUAGCUUGGUAUCCCACCUGUUGGCAUUGUGGCAAACCGUGGAAAAAGAAGCCAAAGAAAACGGGGACUUGGUCCUGGGGCACUGAGAGGAAGUGGACGCCAGAGAGGGUGAGAAUCUCCCCAAAAGCUCAAAAGGGCCACAGAGCUGUGAAGGCCCUAGAUCAGGCAUGGCAGCACCUGGACGAAGGAGCCCGGACUGCGUUAGAAGCGGCAGGCUGGACCCCGACGCACCCGCAACCACCCCCGGGCCUGGAAGCCAGAGGAGCCAUGUCUGAUCAAGAAUAUAAGGAGGCCGCACAGAGCCUGUGGAACGGAGCGGAUGAAGCAGCCAAGAUUCUGCUCAAGGAAGCAGGCAUCGAGGAGCCCAAGGAUGAGCAAAUGGAGGAGGUUCCACCAAAAGUGCGACUUCAGAAAACAAUGGCGGCCUACAAACAGAACACGAAUGAGCUUCGCUCGCUCAUUGCCAAGAAGGUUCAGCUCCAAAGCCGCACCGAAAGGCUCAAGGAACAGUUUGAGCAGAGUAUGAAAGAACUUGCAGCAAUGUCGGAGAAAAUCGCCCAGAAAGAGCAGGACAUCCUCAAGAUCCAAUCUGCAGUCAAGGAGCAGGUUGAAAAGGAGGAUCAACCAAAGCAGGCCGUUGAAGCCAGCAGGCUCCUAAGAUGUGCCGGCAUUGCCCUCACGCCUGAGCAGCAGGCGCAGCUGAACAAGCAUCUCAGACAUGAGGCCGAAGAAGGGGAGCCCCAGAAUUUCCCCACCUGGAAGAAGGAGGUGGGAGUACCCGCCGAGUUGAUAGGUGCUGCCCUUCCAGAGGGAACAGAGUUCGGCCCGACAAGAAGAAGAUUGGAUUUUCGGAGUAGCCCAACCGAGGGUCGAGCUACUCCCCUUGAAAGUCAGGAUGAGCAUCUGUAG